AUGUCUGGGAAGGGAAAAGUGCAUGGAGGAAAAGGAAAAUCCUCAGAAAUCGCCAAAUCAUCUACAUCACAUUCAGCUAGAGCAGGGUUACAAUUCCCAGUGGGAAGAGUCAAGAGAUAUUUGAGAAGAAAUGUUCAAAACAAAAUUCGUGUUGGAUCCAAGGCUGCCAUUUAUUUGACUGCCGUUUUGGAAUAUUUAACAGCAGAAGUUUUGGAAUUGGCUGGUAAUGCUGCCAAGGACUUGAAGGUCAAAAGAAUCACACCAAGACAUUUGCAAUUGGCAAUUAGAGGAGAUGAGGAAUUGGACAAUUUGAUUAAAGCUACUAUCGCUUAUGGUGGUGUGUUGCCUCACAUUAAUAAAGCCUUAUUAUUAAAAGUUGAAAAGAAGAAGGGCCAAAAAUAA